UCGAAAGCAACAAACCAACUCCUUCUUUUUCUUCUUCUUCUUCUUCUUCUGUCUUCUCUCUCAAUCUCUCUGGACGUCUGACCAUGGCGACUCUGACUUGCUCGGCCUCCGCUCUCAGUCCACUACUCGGUGGCGCCCCCAACGCAACCGCCGCCGCUGAUUACAUUUGCAGCCAGUUUGCCGCUGUCUCGACUAGUUUCACAGACACCGCUCGGGCCGUCGACAACACUUACCUCCUCUUCUCGUCCUACCUCGUCUUCGCUAUGCAACUAGGCUUUGCCAUGCUCUGUGCCGGCUCCGUUCGCGCCAAGAACACCAUGAACAUAAUGCUCACUAACGUCCUCGACGCUGCAGCCGGAGGUCUGUUUUAUUACCUCUUCGGGUUUGCCUUCGCCUUCGGCACCCCUUCGAACGGCUUCAUCGGCCGCCACUUCUUUGGUAUGAACGCGUUCCCAUCGCCGUCGUUCGACUACAGCAACUUCUUGUAUCAGUGGACUUUCGCCAUCGCCGCUGCUGGGAUCACCAGUGGGUCGAUAGCGGAGCGAACCCAAUUCGUCGCUUACCUUAUUUACUCGUCCUUCUUGACGGGUUUUGUCUACCCGAUUGUCUCUCACUGGUUCUGGUCCCCCGACGGAUGGGCCAGUGCCUUCAGGACUGAUAACGAUUUGCUGUUCGGUUCCGGGGUCAUCGAUUUCGCUGGAUCGGGCGUCGUUCACUUGGUGGGAGGUAUUGCUGGACUGUGGGGUGCCCUCAUCGAGGGUCCUAGAAUUGGACGGUUCGAUCACGCCGGUCGAUCUGUGGCUUUGCGUGGGCACAGCGCGUCGUUGGUCGUGCUGGGUACCUUCCUGCUGUGGUUCGGUUGGUAUGGAUUUAAUCCAGGUUCCUUCGGGAUCAUAUUAAAGCCCUAUACGACGGGAAAUUACUAUGGACAGUGGAGCGCCAUUGGCCGGACGGCAAUAACUACGACCUUGGCUGGUUGCACAGCUGCUCUGACCACUUUGUUCGGGAAGAGGUUGCUUGCGGGACACUGGAACGUUACCGACGUCUGCAACGGGUUGCUUGGUGGGUUCGCGGCCAUAACCGCCGGCUGCUCAGUGGUGGAGCCGUGGGCUGCUAUCAUUUGCGGGUUCGUCGCCGCUUGGGUCUUGAUUGGAUGCAACAGGCUCGCCGACAAGUACAAAUACGACGACCCACUUGAGGCGGCACAGUUGCACGGUGGCUGUGGAGCUUGGGGGAUCAUAUUCACGGCCUUGUUUGCAAGGAAGGCAUACGUCGAGGAGGUCUACGCAGCGGGGAGGCCAUAUGGGUUGUUCAUGGGCGGAGGUGGAACGCUCCUGGCAGCUCACAUUAUUCAGAUUUUGGUGAUCAUUGGGUGGGUCAGUGCCACCAUGGGUCCUCUGUUCUAUGCGCUACAUAGAUUGAAUUUACUGAGGAUAUCUGGUGAGGAUGAAAUGGCCGGAAUGGAUAUGACCCGGCACGGCGGCUUCGCAUACGUCUACCACGACGAUGAUUCGUCGCAGAAGCCGGCAGGGUUCAUGCUGAGAAGAAUAGAGCCCGCUAGCACUCCCAGCACCACUCAGAGUGCAUCACCAAUUGUGUGAUCACACUGAUGCCAGUCUGAACUCCUAUUACCAAUCGAACUGAAUCACAAACUCUGUGAUCUCACUGCUGGUAGUAGCUUCUAUUCUCUUUCUCUGUCUCUUUUUUUUUUUUUUUCUUUUCUGGGGAUUGGGGGUGUUAAAAUUCUAAGAUAUUGUAAAAUAUCAGCGUGAUUGGGGUGGGAAUUGGAGGAUUGGAUAAGGAAGAACAGUAUUUUGUUCUCUGUAAUUUCCUUUUUUUUUCUUAAAAAAAUGAUUGUGGUGAAAAAGUUGACUGUGAUACAUGUUUUGGAAUUUUGGCUGGUUUUUAAAUUAA